CGAAGUUGCUAUGCUCCACAACAACCAAAACGUGCUCUAACGCUCGACGGGUGCCAGUUAGGCCGGUGGUCAUCCUCGAUCCCUGCAAUCACGCAUCCUUCGACGGCUUCUCAACCGACAUUCUGGAAUCAAACGCGUGAAAGUAUUAACUCGCAGCUAUGCCAUUCGGCCAAAACUGAUCGGAAACACUGUUGGGUACUGCAUCAGAUGCUCGGCAGUGGCCAAGCUUCUAAUCAAGACCGCCCUCCGAUGCUGGCAUACGCCCGAACUCGAAUUCACUCGAUUAUGUCAACCUGUACUGAGGAAUCUAUUUUUGAUAUUUGUCAAUGACUUCGAAAUGGUCGAAGAUUGUUAA